GUAUCUGUAUAGUAUAAAAAAUUAUUAAUAUUAAUUAAAUAUACCUACAAAUAGAAUGUUUGUUGAAAAAUAUCGGAAUAUAUGAUAAGUUACAGUUAAUACCCUAUAAAGUGCAACGAGAGCCAAAGAAACUGUGAAAUAAGUGUUUCAGAACUAAGGUUAAUGAAGGAUUACCAUUGUAUAAAUUAAAGUAUAGACUGCGGAAGAAAAGAGAAAGUUAACGUGUUACGUAAAAUUGUUGCUUUUACUUUCAUUUCACUUUCAAUCUUUAAUGCGGGUGUGUGAUCUUGAAGUAUUUUAAAUUUACUUUCUGAAGAAUUUUUGAAAAAUCUCUAACCAGAACCUUUUCCAGUUUACUGUUGCAUUUCUUGUAUAAAUUCAUAGAUUAAGGUGCUGCUACUGUGGUUUAAAUGAAACGAGGGGCUUUAAAGUUAACUUGCAUUUAAAUUAACUGAACAGCAAAUAAUAAAUGGUUUUCAAAUAAUUACUCAAAUCAGUCAUGAAUAAGAGAAGAACAAGACCAAGUCAAUUGCUAUAUGUGCCUCCUGCUUGUCGUAAUAUAAAGAAAAUUGGUGAAAAUGAAACAUCUUCUAACUCCAGCUGUCCAAAAGAGUUAUCAGAUAAAUUUAAAAGUGAUAUUAUGAAUGACUUUGACCAUAGUAAUGCAGAAAACAAUUUAUUAACUACUAAAAACAGUUUAUCACAGCAACAAGUAGAUAAACUUUAUGAAGACAUAAAAACUAUUAGCCUAUCUAGGAACUCUGAAUGUGAAGAAAAAGUUGAAAAAAGUAAUUCUGAACUAAUAAUGAGCAAUGAUAAUAAUGUAGAUUUUAUAAGAAGAGAUAAAGAACUGUCUUUGAAUUUAGAGGAUAAUUGUUCCUGCAGUAAAAAUGACUAUGAUGUUGAUAGAGAAAAGGAACAAAUGGAACGUGCAAUCGUAAAAAUAAACAGAAAAUCUCGAUCUUUUAUCGACUACAAUGAGAAUGAUAAUGUUCUUCUUAUAAACAAGAAGCAAAAUUCAGAAAUUCCAAUGCUAACACAACCAAAUCAAAAUUCGAAAGGUAAUAAAAGUAAAGAACAGUUCAUCAGUUGGGAAAAUACUUUACAAAAUAGUGAAGAUGAAGAUAAGAAUGAAAAACGCAGUGAUUCUAAUUGCAGUAACAGUUCUUCCAAAAGUCCUCUAAAUUAUAUUGAUAAGAAAAUGGAAGACUUGGAUCAUGUUGUAGAAGUGUAUGAUUUUCCAGAAUCAUUUAAAACUCAAGAUAUUAUACAACUUUACAGUGAUUUCCAAGCAAAUCCAGUAUACGUGAAGUGGUGUGAUGAUACACAUGCACUACUUGUUUUUAGCACACCUGCACAAGCAAGAGUGGCUUUAAAGUACGAUAAGGGAAUUAUAAAAUCAAGACCCUUGACUGAAGCAAGCCCCUUAUCAAAGAGAGUUGCUAAUAAAAUAGAUUUAAAGCCUGCAAUGCGAAGACCUGCCACCAGCAUGCAAACUGCGCGUCGUCUUAUUAAUAACUAUUUGGGAACUAAAGUUGCAAUUAGCAAAGAAGACAUGGAGAAAGAAAAAAAAGCGCUAAAAGACGCCAGAGAGAAGAAACGUAUUCAACGUCAAAAUGAAAAAGAUGCUUGGGAAGGGCACCCAAAAACGAAUAUUUGAUACUACACAACCAAAAAAUCAACUACGAGAAGAAUAAUGUGGGCCACCUCCAAAAACGUGUUAUUAAUUCGAAGAUGUCAUCUUCCAAGCAUGAGGACUAUUUGUCCUUUACUGUCCCAAUUUAAUUCCAGGUAUCAUAAAAUAAUUUACAAUAUUUUCCAAUUCGAAAUUAUUUAUCACUUUAAUUUAAUAACUUAAUAAUCGAUACAGCAGAUUUCAAAAUUAUCUAACGUUUUAAAUGAUAAAUACACUCUAGACUUCAAAAUUAAAAAAUAUGUAGGUAUAUAGAUAUACAGAAACAUCCGUUCUCCCAUCUUUUGUAUGUGAUUUUAAAAACAGAAAACUGCCAAAUCAUGUUGUGUCUUGGUUACAAUUUACUUAACUGUAAAUGAUUUUUGUAAUUUGAUAGAUUUUUAAAUUAGAAAAACUUUACUUGCGGUUUUGUUUAAGUAGAUGUUUGCUAUUUUGUGUAUGUAAAAUUAGUGUAAUACACGUGUAAAGAUGCAUAUAAUACAUAUAUGUUGUACAAUAGUAAAUAGUAUAUACGACACGAGAGAAAUGAAAUGAAAUUCAUAAUAUAUUUUAUCAAAUUGA